AUGAACAUCAACGAAGCUGUACUAUCCCAGCCGAGGAUUAAAAGUUACUUUCAGGUACAACGUUACAGUUUUGGCUGUAUUGGCGUGAAUCCCACCUCAUUGGAAUGUACAGUGUUUAGCCGAUUUAGGGUUUGGUUUCCCAUGAUGGUACAGCUCUGUCAUUACAUUCCUGUUUUGCAGUAUGCUAUCGAAAAUAUUCAUGAUAUGGAUAAAGUUACAACCUCGCUGGCACCUCUUUGGCAGUCGAUAAUAGCAACAUUCAAGAUCAUUUAUUUUGUAUGGAAUAUUAAGAAGAUUGUGUCGCUAGUACGAAAAUUAUGGUUGUGGAAUUUAGAAGCUAAGGGUGAGGAACGUCUAAUACUAGGCUCAGAAAAUCGCAAAGAUAUCAUAUUUUGCAAUUUUUUCAACGUGGCUGUGAAUUUGACCGGCUUUUUUUGUCUAUUGGCGCCACUUUUGAUAGCUGGCUUUAAUGCUUUGCAAGGUGAAGUAUUUUGGGAAUAUUUAGAGGAACCUGUAAAAGGAAAUUAUGUCAUUGACAAAAAAUCUAUACUCGGCUACAUUUGUAUCUACAUUUGUAAUGGAGUUUCCAUAUUUUUUGUCGUCUAUGGUACCAUAUCAACAGACACUUUGUUCUCCUGGUUUAUGUGCAACAUUGUGGCACAAUUUCGUAUACUUAAGUAUCGUUUGCGUCUGGCUGGUGGCGAAAAUAAUGGUAAUUGUUCGAUGAAAACCAUCGCCGAUUGUGUUGUGUAUCAUUGUCGUACCAUUGAAUUGGCCAAUGAGUUUAACGAGGCAUUUUGUGUGGUGGUUUUUAUUAAAUUCGCCAUCAGUUGCAUGCAAAUUUGUUGUUUGGCAUUUCAAUUAAGUCGUGGCGGUGAAUUGUUCGAUAAACUAUUUCAUGGAUUUUUCUUGAUAUCGGUGUCGAUGCAAUUAAUGUUGUACUGUUAUGGUGGUCAGAGGAUACAAGAUGAGAGCGAUUCCAUAACCAAUGAAAUUUAUGAAAGUUUCCACUGGGAAACAUUGUCUGUGGCCAACAGAAAGAUGUUAACAUUUUCCAUGAUGCGUUCUCAAGUGCCCUGCAAUCUAUCUGGUUUAUUUUUUACGGCAAAUUUAGGUCUGUUUUUGUGGGUUUAUCGUACGGCAGCAUCGUUGAUUGCAUUACUCAAGACAUUGGAGGAAGGUGAAAUGCAGUAG